AUGAGAUCCUGGAACAACACAGAGGUUCUCGUCUUCAUCCUUAUGGGACUCACAGAUUCUGCAGAGAUGCAGCUGGCCCUCUCUGUGCUGUUUCUCCUGAUUUACAUGAUUACUGUGUUGGGAAACCUAGGCAUGAUCAUGUUAAUUUGUCUGGAUCUCCAGCUUCACACCCCCAUGUACUUUUUUCUCACUCAUCUCUCAUUCAUUGACUUCAGCUACUCAAGUGUCAUCACACCUAAAACUUUGGCAAACUUACUGACUUCCACCAAGAGUAUUUCAUUCCUGAGCUGUUUCACACAGAUGUACCUUUUCAUAUUUUUUGGUAGUGCUGAAAUUUCUCUCCUCUCUGAAAUGGCCUAUGAUCGCUAUGUGGCCAUCUGCAAUCCUCUACAGUAUCCUGUUAUAAUGUCCUCAAGACUCUGCUGGGCCCUGGUUACUGGCACUUACAUGAUUGGCUUUGUGGAUUGUUCUUUUGGUGUGCUGUCUAUAGCCAGAUUGCCUUUCUGCAAUUCCAAUGUGAUUCUACACUUUUUCUGUGAUGUAUUUCCAAUUUUAGCACUGUCCUGCAAUGAUACAUAUGCCACUGAAAUUGUAGUAUACAUUUGUGCUGGUUCUACACUGUUACUGUCCCUGAUCCCAAUGUCCUGGUCCUAUGUGUCCAUUCUCUCUAGUAUUCUGAAAAUUAAGUCCACUUCAGGAAAGCAGAAAGCCUUCUCCACCUGUGCUUCUCACCUGCUGGGAGUCACCAUUUUUUAUGGCACAACAAUCUUUACUUAUUUAAAACCCAAGAAGUCCUACUCCCUGGGCAAGGAUCAAGUGGCUUCUGUGUUUUACACAAUUGUGAUCCCCAUGCUCAACCCUCUCAUUUAUAGUCUUAGGAACAAGGAUGUGAAAAAUGCUUUCAUUAGGGUCAUGCAGAAGAAAGGGACCCCAAGCAACUAA